CCGUCGAGGAGCAAAUGCAAAUGGAUUCUACAAUUCCUCCCACAAAUGAACAAUCUGAAGAAGGUAACAUAUAGCUUACGAACUUGUUAAAUUCAUCCAUGACUUCUAAUUUCUUGUAUUUUCUUUUAACUUUAGGCCUUUCGACUCAGAAAAGAAAAAGAGGUAGAACGCAAAUGCAUAGUGUGCAUAGCCGACAUGAGCGUAAAUUGAUCCUACUGAAUAGGCUCAAUCAACCUGUUGGUCCUACUGAAGAUGUUGUAAUAGAGUUUGGUAGCUUCCUCGGUACAUUAGCGAGGACUGCGACCCUUUGCCCAUUUGAUAUACUUGAUUGGAGGAAAAUGGACACAAAAGAUGAUUUAUGGACAUAUACCAAGGAGAAAUAUGAUAUUCCUGAAGCUGGCAAAAAGUGGACUUUGAAAGCAAUUCAUGCUGCUUGGAGAAGGCAUAAAAGUGAGUUGAAGAAACUUUGUUACAAACCAAAAGUCACUGAUGAAAUCAUAAUGGCAAAAAGGCCAGGUCAUAUUCCGGAAUCUCAAUUUAAAGAGCUCCUCGAAUAUUGGAAGUCUGAGAAAUUCCAGAAAAUGUCUACAACAAAUACUGAGAAUCGGAAGAAGUUGUUGAAUCCGCACACAGUCGGCAAAAAAAGUUUCGCUUUAGUCCGCAAUAAAUUGGAAAAAACCAAGGGAAAUGUAUCACUUAAGGAGAUCUUUGUGGAAACAAGAGCAAGGAAACCCGGGCGCUUGUACAAGGAGUCAAAUGAAGACACAACUAGUAAAAUUGCUGAAAUGGAGGAAAUUGAAACACAACUAAGCGCAGAUGGUAGUCAGCCUGUUGAUGCAUACUCUCGUUAUGGGUCCGUAACAUCCGGACGUCUUAGACUAUAUGGACGGGGGGUUACAAAGACUUCUUUGAAAGGAAAAGCUAGAACUUUUGAACCAACUUCAAAUGCCACAAAUGAUGUAGUCCAAGAAAUGCAAGAAAGGAUCCAAAAAAUGGAGGAACAAAUGGAGGAACAAAAGAGAACUAUGCGAGCAGAAGUUACUGCAGACAUUACUGCAAAAGUAAUUGAAAAACUCCAACGUGCAGGAUUAAUUAGUCCAGACAUGCUAGUAGCAUUGUGUGUUCCUUCACCGGGAGAAGCUACGUCUGCACCACAAGCAGCUAGCAACAAUUAA